CACAUGUUGACUGGGGCUUGCUAGUUGAUGCUACCGAAAGAUUUCACAAAGUCAAAGGCAAAAAUGAUAAACUAUUGGCAUAACUGUUGCGUUUUUGUCGACAAUCUGUAGUUUGCUUUGAGAUACCGUAACAUCUCCGCGUAUUGUUGGAUAAAACACGCCUGUUAAUGUUUUAUUUAUUCUGACAAGCUAAUGUUGCUAGCUUGUUUGCUAGCCAAGAAGAGUUGACAUCUCAGCGUUGGCUUCAGGUUAGCUAACAUUGUCAACAUAGGAGCUAAAUUAAAGAGAGCUCCAGAUGCGGCUAAAGGACCCCUUCUCUUUGAAAGCCGCCGAUAUGACUAAGCGGACUAAUAAACCGAGGAAACCUCGAGAUGAGGAGUCAUCAGAUGAAGUCAGUGGAUUGACUUGCCAGCAUGUGAGUAAGGCAGUGGACCUUAACUCAGUGAAGAAAUCCGUGCUCUCCAGCAUGUGGUUGGUGUGCUCUGAGUGCCUAAAGGAGAGGACCAUGAUCGAUGGAGAGCCAGCAGCUUCCCAUGACAUCGUGGUGUGCUUAAAGUGUGGUUUCCAGGGCUGUAACCAGUCAGGGAUCCAGCACGCUGCCAAUCACCACCAAGCUUUUCAUCCAGAGUCUCACUGCAUCACUAUCAGCUUGAGCACGUGGAAGGCCUGGUGUUUUGAAUGUAAUGAGGAGCUCUCCACUCACUGCAACAAGAAGGCUUUGGCUCAGACCCUGGACUUUCUACAAAAGCACUCUGUCAAGGCAUCGUCAGGAGCAUCACCCAAGAUCAUCAAGUUGCAAGAGGAACUAUCAGAUUAUACUGACCCGCCCAAAGGCAAGAGUCCAGCAGUCAACAGCACUUUGGUCCCUGUCAAAGGCAUAAAUAAUCUCGGUAACACCUGCUUCUUCAAUGCUGUUAUGCAGAACCUGUCUCAGACACACAUGCUCAUCGACCUCAUCCAGGAAGUGAAGGAGAAAGGGUACAAACUGAGGAUCUGCCCCCCUGCCGAGACCAAUCUGAGUCCCUUAACAGUAACGCUGCCCAGUCCAGAGCCCCUGACUGCAGCCAUGUUUCUCUUCCUCCAGAGCAUGAAAGAACCAUCGAAAGGCCCGCUCAAUCCCAAGAUCCUCUUUAACCAGCUCUGCCAGAAGGCUCCUCGCUUCAAGGGCUACCAACAACAAGACAGCCAGGAGCUUCUGCACUACCUAAUGGACUCCAUACGAGUAGAGGAAACUAAAAGGGUGAAAGCAGGAAUUCUGAAGGCUUUCAACAAUCCCACAGAGAAGACAGCAGAUGAGGACACCAAACGCCAAGUCAAAGCAUACGGGAAGGAAGGUGUGAGGAUGAACUUCGUUGACCGAAUCUUUGUAGGCGAGCUGACCAACACAAUAAUGUGUGAGGAGUGUGAGCAUAUCUCCACAGUGAAGGAGGCAUUCAUAGACAUCUCUUUGCCCAUCAUAGAGGAGAGGAUAUCAAAACCAACCAACCCUGGUAGGCUGGGGAAGGGCAGCCGGGAGCAGGACACCCACAUGACUCACAGUGACCAGGUCCUUUCUGCAGUGCACUCUGUCAACAGAAACACCAGGAAGCUGAGCGGACAGAAGCAGCAGAGCAGAAGAUCUUCAAGCUCUGUGGAGGAGAAGGGAGCAGGCUGCAGUGUGGAGCGGCCAGAGGAGGAGGGGGUAGCUGGUGGAUCAGCCCGUGGUGUCUCAGUUUGCAAGAUGGCUGCUGGCGUCAGCCUAUCAGACGGCAGUGAAAGAGACUCGGGUGCUCAGGACAGCAGUAAUGACGCUGAUAGUGAGGCCUCAGAGAGCGAGUGGGCGCCACGCACCUCCUCCUUCAGCCACAGCCACGGGCACAUGUCCACCCCAUCGUCCACCUCCACCCUCACUCCAUCUCCUACGCCCGUCUCUGCCUCCUCUACAUCGUCAUUACCCUCCACGAGGCAAGGUGGCGCCGUAGAGCAGCUAGUUACUGCAGUGUCUAAAGUCAACCUCAGCUUCUCGCCUGCGGACUGCUCUCCUUCCACACACUGUUCUCUGGAGGAGCAGGGGGAAAUGCUGUCACGUGAUAACCUCCACCAUCAACACCACCAUGGGGCCUUCCAGGCGCUGUCCCACAGUUACACACCCAGCUCCAAGGAGUGCUCCAUCCAGUCCUGCCUCCACCAGUUCACCUCUGUGGAACUGCUGAUGGGUAACAACAAGCUGCUUUGUGAGAGCUGCACUGAACGCAGACAGAAACAGCUGCGCAAGAGCAGCUCAGCCGAUAAGAAGGUGGAGAAGAUAUACACCAGCGCUAGGAAACAAAUGCUGAUAUCCUCGCUGCCUCCUGUCAUCACAUUGCAUCUGAAACGCUUUCAUCAGGCAGGGAUGAACUUACGAAAAGUGAACCGCCAUGUUGACUUUCCCCUGAUCUUGGAUCUGGCUCCAUUCUGCUCUGCAUCCUGCAAGAACCUGGCAGCCGGUGAGCGCGUCCUCUACAGCCUGUAUGGGAUUGUUGAACAUAGUGGUUCAAUGCGAGGGGGCCACUACACUGCAUAUGUAAAAGUGCGUGCUCCCCAGAGGAGGACAGAACAGCACCACAAGAACCUGUCAGGUGUGAGGGAUGCUGGCAGCAGCUCCCAGGGCCAGUGGGUGUACAUCAGUGAUACCACUGUUCAGUCGGUACCAGAGUCAAGGGUACUCAACUCUCAGGCAUACCUGCUCUUCUACGAGGAAAUGCUGUAAUGUGACAAGCUAUAGUAUUUUUCUCUUCAUCUCUGUUCUGUUUUGUAUUGUUUUUGGCACAUCCCUCUACUUCCUCCUCUUACUGUAUCUGUGAGUAGGUGGAGGGAAGAAAAGGGAACGACUUCACUGUACAUUCACUUGUCUUACAUGAGAGGAAUGACCGCUGUGUGUUUUGCAUAUAAAUUCUCAGUAAAAAUUGGGACUUCUGAAUAUCUUAGAUAUAUAGAUCUUAGAUGAACAUCAGAUGUUUAAGUUAUUAUUUUCUGCUUUGAUAUAGCCCAUAUUUUGAUUCACGUUUCCUGUUUUGAAAAUCCUACCCUUUAAAAAGAGGUCGGGAAAAAAGAGUGUUUCUCUGUGUCUCUGUUGCAAUCACGUGCCUGAGAUAACGGCAUGAAGGAGUUUCGCUACAGUAACUAUACAGGAAAUAAGCAGAAUUAUCGCAUGCUAAGCUACGCUGUGCACUAACUACUUGAUGUCAGUUGUGUGUGCACAUGCACACAUGUGAGUGACUGAGUGAGUGACAGACAGGAGAAUGUAGAUUUAAGGUGCUAUGCGUAUCAUUGGCACAUCAGUGAACCAACGCCACAUUGAAUUUUAAAUAGUAUUAUUGUCGGCGUAAUUAACAAAAACACUUACGGCUGCCGUGGAGGGGAUUUGUCUCUGUCUGCAUUCUACGCAAAAAUAUUUCAUUGUGUGGCACUGGCUCAGGUUUUUGUAAAGAAGUGUGCUUGAUUGUGUCUGGCAAUGACAGACGAUAGAUGGUAAGAAAAAUGAAUUCAGACAUGUUUGUCCUUUUCAGUAAGAGAAGAUGCAUGAGGACAAGUAGCAAUGUCAUUGGAGGUAGAGUUUAUGGGAAAAUAUGGUUGCACAGUUAAGAAAUCCAACCACCAAUACAGCACUAAUGGUGUUAAACAGUGACAAGUGAUUUUCUCAGUUUUUGCGCUAAUUAUUUCUGAUAAUAAUAGUAGUUUACAUGGACAUGCAGGUUGAAACUGCUACACAUAGCACCUUUAAGGAGUAGCACAACAGUUGUUUUACAGCCUACUUUGAACAGAUUGUUCUUUUUGUACAUCAGAAUGUAUAAAUGUAAGACUAUCAGUGAAUUACAUUUGCCAAAGAUGAGUUUUGCAGCUGCAAGUCACAGCAGGAAAACAGAACACACAAGUUUACUUCAUUCAGUUUCUUUAACAUUGAAUCUCUCAAGGUCAUCAGUGUGGCUCUCGAGUGCCAUUGCACAAACAAGCGUACUCAGAUGUUUAUCAGACCAACAAAGCACCUUGUCUGCCUUCAUUAUGUUUCAGCUCUACCGUAACUGUGCAGGCGCACAACCAGACCCAUUAAGAUGUUCAACUGUGGGUCAGCGCUGUGACAGACUGACUUUUAAUUCCCUAAUACUAUCAGUAAGGUUGAGCAAAAACUAGAUAUAAAAAAAAAAGUGAAAGGCUUCAAGUCUCACUAGAAAAAACAUCUUUGCUGUAAUGUGCAUGGGUUAAUGUUCUAAUGAAUGUAUUGCCUAUUCUUAAAAUGUCUAUGUCAGAUGAGCUGUUCAUCUUUUUCUAUGAAAAUAUUUUAAAUGAAAACAUUUUUCUUGCUUGUUGGACAUUUGCCAAAACAGUAGAAGGGAAGGGGUUGAACACGUAUCAGAAUCUAGAGGUUUGUUAUUUUCUUAUGGAACAAGGACAAAUUCAGUUCCUAUGCCUCAGGUUUAAGAAACCUGUGCAUAUGCAUAGGCAAAUGCAAAGAGGGAUAUGUCAUACAGUAUUUAUGUACAGUAUAUCUUACUGUACGCAAAAUAUAGUACUGAGUAUAUGUAAUUGUACAUACUAGAAACAAUACAAAAUCAUGGUGCUUCUGGUGUGCAGGGUUUUUCCUCAAGACAUUGUUUCCAGAAAAUCAUUUAAUUUCAGUUAUGAAAUGAUACAAAUUUGGACUGAAUAUAACUAAAUACUGUAUCAAAAUAAAUCUAAUUUAUGAACUGAA